ACGUAAGCUAGUGCCGAAACAUGGGGUUGUAUUCUUUAGAAAAAAGACGCACGACACAACUCCCUUUACAUUAUAAAAAUCAUUAUUAUAUUAUUAUUAUUAUCUUCGAUUGAUUAGAACAGCAAGCCAAGCCAAGAAGAACCAAGAAGAAAGCAAAUCAAGAAAGAGACGAAGACUUCGCUGCUGCCAUUUCUCCCCUGCUUCAAACAUGAGCAACGACUAUGAUUUUCUCUUCAAGCUUCUCCUCAUCGGAGACUCCUCUGUCGGCAAAUCGUGUCUGCUCCUCAGAUUCGCUGAUGAUUCUUAUGUUGAUAGUUACAUUAGCACCAUUGGAGUUGAUUUUAAAAUUAGGACUGUGGAGCAGGAUGGGAAGACCAUUAAGCUUCAAAUUUGGGAUACUGCUGGCCAGGAGCGAUUUCGGACUAUAACGAGCAGCUACUACCGAGGGGCACAUGGGAUUAUCAUUGUCUAUGAUGUUACUGACAUGGAAAGCUUCAAUAAUGUGAAGCAAUGGCUUAGUGAAAUCGACAGAUAUGCAAAUGAAAGUGUCUGCAAGCUUUUGGUGGGAAACAAGUGUGAUUUGGUUGAGAACAAGGUUGUCGACACUGAAGUGGCAAAGGCAUUUGCUGAUGAGCUUGGAAUCCCUUUUAUUGAGACCAGUGCGAAAGACUCUAUUAAUGUCGAGCAAGCCUUUUUGACCAUGACCGGCGAGAUAAAGAAGAAAAUGGGGAGUCAACCUGCUGCUGGCAAUAAGACGUCAAACACUGUUCAGAUCAAAGGGCAGCCAAUCGAGCAGAAGGGCAACUGUUGUGGCUAAAAAUAUAAUUGUAUUCAGGUUUCUCUUUAGAAGGAAAGAUGUUUGCACAGAUUAUAAACAGAUGAUGCUGAAGUUUGGUUUGGAAUUCUGUAAACAGUUGUAGACUUGUGUUUUAUUAUGGUUAUCCGUAAUUUAUUAAUUUCCUUGAAAA